AUGACGCUCUACUACAGCAUCGUGUUUGCACUUUUGUGCUUCGAGAUGGCCAUGUUCAUGGUUCUCAUCAUUCCUUUGCCAUUCACCUGGAGGCGCAAGCUGUUCCACUUUCUCGCCACCAAUCCAGUCGUUGCCAAGAUUCAGUACGGCCUAAAGAUCACCUUCAUUUUUGUCGCGGUACUCUUUGUCGAUGCCGUUCAGAGAAUGGUCAAGGUCAUGUCGGAAGGCGAGACGGCUCGUGACAACCGAGGCGUUCAGGACGUCCGCACCGAGACCAACUAUGCUGCCCGAAAAUUCUACAGCCAGCGUAACAUGUACUUAACCGGCUUCACUCUGUUCCUGAGUCUCAUCCUCUCGCGAAGCUACUCGCUCAUCCUUGAUCUGAUCAACACUCAGGAGGAGCUCGUGGCGCUCAAGAAAGGAGCCAAGACCAGCAGCAGUGGAGCCGACAUCGAGAAGAAGUACCUCACCGAGAUCGACACGCUCAAAAAGCAGGCCAAGCAGCAGCAGGAAGAGUACAACCGUCUCAGCGACGAACUUGCCAAAGCUACUGGCAACACCUCGACCAAGAAGGACUGA